CAUGGACUGCAUUAGCAUCAUUGUGUCGUAGGAUACUGCAUAGAUUGUUCGAACGUUUCAUAGUAGCGCGUUAAAAGAAAAGCUUAUAAUAUUGUAUAAUAGUUAUAUUAAUUAUGAUGAAAUUUAAAAUUAAUUUUGAAAAAUUUCCCGAUUAUUCGGUUCCAAGAUUAACGAUUGAAUUAAUGGGACAUUUUAGUGUCGAUGGUGAUGCGAAAUAUCAAGCUGAUUUAUCGCAACUGAAAUAUUAUAUUCCUCCUCCGAUUCUUGAUAAUGUGUGUUACGAUCUGAAGAGAAAUUCUGAAUGUUCUACUCGUUUUAAACCUGAUGCAUGCGAAAGAUUGGAUUUUAUAUUCCAAUGGAUUGCGGAAAAUUUUAGUCGACUUGAAAAACCAUUAUCAAUGCAAAAAGAGCGUUGGUUGGAUGUAGAUUUUAUUUGCCGUCGUGGGGUGUUAAAAAAAUUAUUAUGCAGCCCAUAUGUAAGAUAUGAAGAAAAUAUGGAGGAAGAAGAAAAAGAUAGGAAGAAAUGGAUCAUUUGUGCUAGCAAAUAUCGCGGAACAAUAUAUCUACGCAAGUUUUAUACAGAUGAACAAGAGAAAAUUACAACGGGAUAA